AUGCGGUUUCUACUCUGGAUCACCACAGUAUACAUCUUCCUCGCCGCCAUCGCCGCUGUCCUGGUUGAUGUCCUUCUUUGUGUUCCCGUCCAUUACAACUGGUCUCUGAACUAUGAUGAGCAAGGCCUAUCGGAAUUCAUGGGCCGACUUUUGGGUCAACUGGACACUGAAUUUCUCGGCGGAUUCUUUUUCAUCCCCUUCUUCAUCAUCAAGUCUCUCAAGCUGCGUCAAAGACAAAAGUUCGGUCUCAUCGCCGUCUUCUCCCUAGGCUUGAUCACCAUGGCCAUAAGUUUUGGUCGCUUCAUGAUCUACACAAUUUCAAAUUACGACCUCGGUGACAACGAUGGAGCGGUCAUGUGCACAGCAGAAAUGUGCACCUCCCUAAUCGUCGCCUCCCUCCCUGGUCUAAAAGUCCUGAUAACCCGCACCGUCGCAAACCACUCCUCCUCCCGCUCAACAUCCGGCUACAACAAAUCCUCCGAACCCCACCCUCCCGCCCCCAGCAGCCGCAUCGCCAAAAUCGCCACACGAAUAUCUCGACCCAGAGAUUCUGUAGAUGAUAGUGAAUUCGAACUCAUCUCGGUGAGUGCUCAGAAUAAAGAGUUUGGGGGUAAAUUGGCAACGGCGGAGAGUGUGGAUUUGGAGGAUGAGGGGAUUGUGGUGAAGCAUGAUUUUUUAGUUGAGCAUGGUGGGGAAAAGAGGGGGAGUUAUCAGAAUACUACGAGUUUGCCUUUUGUAUGA